AUGGUGUCUGUUUGCUUUUCAGGCGGAGUGCUAGCCGUGCUGAUGGCCAAGUACAAGAAAGGGAAGGACGCAAAAAAUGCGGAUUGCGUGGUGGAUGACGAUGAGGAGGAGUGCCCGAGGAGUUCGAGAAAAAUAUGCGAGACGUCGAAAGAGCUCGACGCCCCGAUCCACACCUCUUAUUUCUCGCUCUCCGGCAAGCCAUUUUCCGCGAUAAAUAAAGAGCUAAUCCCAAUUUACAUAGAAGAUCCGAAAGAAUUUUUUGAUCAGUUCGGGUUUCGAUCUCUAAACCAGAACCCGUUUGAAGAUGAUUCUCCGGUGGAAGAUUCGUCGGAAAAAUUAAAAUGGGUGGCACACCUUGAAUUUGCGCACGACUUGAAGGAGGAGCUCACCUGGGCAAAAGUGGACAUCGAUAAAAUUCGAGGCGAGAAAAUGGAGGCUAUGAUUAAGCACUCCGGGAUCCCUCAUUCGAUGCGACCAUACCUAUGGCCACGGCUAAUCGGAGCGUUUGAUAAAGAAAAACAAGCCGGGUAUUCUUAUUCCGAUGUGCUACGCCAGACGGCUAAAGACAACCCCACGAUUGGGGUGCAGAUAGAGCGGGAUUUACUCCGAACGCUACCAAAUAAUAUUUGCUUUUGGAAGAAAAAUUCGCCGGGUAUAGACGCGUUGCGGAGACUCCUAAAAGCGAUCGCCUACAUCUACCCUGAUCUUGGAUAUUGCCAAGGAAUGGGUGUCGUCGUGUCCAACCUACUACUCUUCUGCUCCGAAGAAACCACUUUUUGGAUGAUGGCCGCAUUAAUAGAGGAUAUACUGCCGGCCAACUACUAUUCCCAAUCGUUACUAGGGCUACAGGCAGACGAACGCGUGGCGAGCCAUUUGAUGAAAACGCACGUCCCCGAUUUGUUCCGAUCACUCGAGGAAUACGAUGUCGAGAUCUCGCUCGUUACUGUCAAUUGGCUGCUCACCCUCUUUGCAUCGGUUCUCAAGACAAAAACUCUAUUAAGAGUCUGGGAUAUGAUAUUUUAUAUGGGCGGAGUUUCGAUAUUUCGGACAAUAAUCUCGGCCUUAAAAAUGCGAGAAGAGGAAAUUGUGGACAUUGCCUAUCUCACCAAAUCGUCGGCCGACAUUUUUAAUGCUAUCACACAGCUGCCGGCUAAGAUUGAUGAUGUGGAUAAGUUAAUGGAAUAUAUGACAUCAUUCGAGUAUACUAUUACGGACCAUUUGUUGACAGAGCUGAGGAAAAAGCAUCAGGCGAUAAUCAUGGCCGAUCAUGGGCUAAUCGUCAAUACAGCCACGGACACAAAUCUCCCAAAACAGAAAAUGCAGCGCAGGAAAUUAACCCGAAACAAGAGCAUCAUAUCGCAAAUUUUCAACUCAAAAGAUAAGGCAGAGGACCCCAAAACCAAAAACAUCCGGCAAACCGAGAUCCUCGUCGACCUCAAGGAGUCCAUCCUCCAGAUUUGCCGAUAUUUCAUGAACUGUGAUGAGGAUAUGGAGUUGAAUAUUACUACGCAGGCCGAUUAUAGUCCAGAAUCACAUGUGAAAGACGUGGAGAAGUUUCAAGCUGCCGUGACGGUGGGAAGGAAAAAGGCGAGAGCUUUGCUCGAUUUUGCUAGGCAAGAUGAGGACGAGCUUGGAUUUAGAAAAAACGACAUAAUCACCAUCAUCUCCGAGAAAGACGAACACUGUUGGGUCGGUGAAGUCAAUGGACUCCGUGGAUGGUUCCCCGCUAAAUUUGUAGAGGUGGUCGACGAGGGCAACAAGAACUAUACCAUCUACGGCGAUGAAGUGAUCUCGCCUGAAAUUACCGAAUAUAUUCGAGGGCGGCUGGCAAAUGCUUUUCGACAGGUGAUGGAACACGGAAUCCGAGAGAACAAUCUCUAUCCAACAACAGCCUUCCACCCCUGGUCUUUCAUAGAAGACGUCGCCUACUACUCGGUGCAGAAGCAGUUCAGUGCUGUAUAUUCGAGAUUGACGCUUUGCAACACCUUUAAAUUGGACCAGGAUGGAAAGGUCUUAACGCCAGAAGAGCUGCUUUUCCGAUCGGUCCAAGAAGUCAACGAUUCUCAUAAUGCUGUCAACGCACAUCAGGAUGUAAAAUUGAGAUCACUACUUGUGACAGGGGCCAACGAGCAGUGUCUCCACCUAUGGUUUGAAAUCCUGUGCGGCAGCCCGGCGCAAGAGGAGAUCAGAAAGAAGUUCUACCACUCCUGGGCCUUCAUCAGGACACCAGCUUGGCGACAGAUUAAAUGCGACCUCCGCCUACUCGCCCAAUUCGCCUUCAAACUGUCGCCAACCUUCGAAAUUGACGGCGCCGAGACGAAAAAGAAGAGAUUUGGCAUGUUGAAUAGCGCAAAGUACAAGAUGAUGAACUCAGUCACCUCCCCCACGGACAAAAAACUGGUGGGAGAUGAACCUCUACGCGAAGGCGUACGAGAUAUGCUAAUCAAACACCACCUUUUCAGCUGGGAUUUG